UUGAGCUGACACAACCCCCGCGCAAUACGCAACACCACCUUUGUCCGGCGCAGCUUCACCAAGUCGCUGUCUAUCUCCUUAGUCUGUCCCAACGCUCAACAUGUCCGUCGAAGCGCCCCCACCCAGUCGACACAUAUCCUCGACGCCCAUUUCCCUCACCUCCGCAUCGCGCAUACUAGAAACAUACCUUACAAACUCCGAACGACACCCUCAUCUGCACCCCGAUGCCUUGAUUACACCAACUGGCGUUACCUUUUCGUCACAUGGCGGCCCAGUUGGUGGUGUGGUUAUGCACAAUCUGCGACGCGUCGCUGCAGGCUUGAGGGGAGAAUAUUUGGAGCCAGAGAAGACGCCGGAGCCUGAGGAGGACGAUGGUGCUGACACCGAGAGCUGGGGUCAUGGGAAAAAGUCUGGCGGGCAAGGCGGGAAGAAGCGGAAGUUAACAGGGGACACCGAGUGGCAGGACAUGGCAGACUAUGAGCGGGAAGAAGGGUUUGUUGAAAUUGGGGAAGUUGGGACACGAACCACGGUUGUGCAAGACGGUGGAGCAGAGCCAGACGUUGAAGUCACUGGUCAGAUACCCAACAUCGGCAAGGAAGCAAGGAAGAAGGCAAAGAAGGAGAAGAACCAACAGGAGAAGAGGGAGAGGGAGAAGAAGAGGGCCGAGAAGAAGAACGAGUAACGGCUUUGCGACUCUACGAUACCAUACCACGUUUUUGCGUUACUGGAGCGAGUGUUUUAUUCGAGGCUGUUCAGCCCUUCUAGCGGUUCAUUUAUCGCUAUUCGUCAUUUACUCAACCAUCAACCAAAUACUGCCAGUUGCGACUCACAUGGCCUGUAUAUCGGACAAUGUACAAGCCCAAGCUCAAAGCUCCCGGUCCGCUGCCUUGAUAGGCUUCUCCUCAUCCGUCGCCUUGUCCGUGACCUUCUUGUCGCCAGUCCAGUUCAUAGCCUUUAGGCGUUCCGUCAAGAUCGGGUGCGAGUGGUGGAAGCUUGAGUAGAACCAGUCGGCAUCCAUGCUGGAAAGAUUUUGGAUUUGGAGCUUAAUCAACGAAGCUCCAAGCUCACGAGCGUAUCCGAGCUUUACAGCAAAGGCA